GUAAAAAUCUCUGCCACGCUUUUUUUUUUCUUCGGCGGAUGAUCUCGCCCUAAGCGUGUAGGGUGAGAAUGGAACGUUCCCAAAUUGACAGCAAUCAAACAUUUUCUUUGGUGACAUCUGAAUCACUCUCGGAUCAUGGAUUCUAUAAAACCCUAGAAAGCAUCGAUUUUGGUGGCUUCGUGCACGCUGUUAUAGUGGAGGAGUCCGGAAGAGCUGAGCCGAUUCGCGAAGGAAUGGUUCAUGGUAGUAGUUUCCCCAUGGAAGCAUCUAAGAAAGUAGAAUCAGAUUCAAAAUCUGCUACAGAAGGUAAUGCGGGUUGGGAGCUUAAAUGGCGAGGGUAUGGAAUUCUUCAUUUUAGAAUGCCAAAAGGAGCUUAAUGAAAUGUGUGAACUCUGUAAAGGGUUGGGUUUCGCCCUAUAAGCUUCAUCUAGAAGAGGGACAACAGUUUCCUUCACUUAAUUUUGCAGUUUGCCCGUUUGCUACAGGUGAGCAGUCUUUUCUUUUAUGAGGAGGUGGAGGAAAUCUAUGAAAAACUUAAAGCAUGGGAAGGGAAGUUAGGGAUCACCUUUGAUACUUCAUCAAAAUCAGCUUGGUCAAGCACGAAUCUCAAUGCACAUUUCAAUGGAAAACUUUUAAACAUUA